GGAAGCCAUUAGCCAUACACAUAAGAAAUGGGUGGCUCAGAGUGUGCAGAACACAUAGUGAUGCUGCCGUUCAUGGCACAUGGCCAUAUGAUUCCAUUCUUGGGUUUAGCUAAGAAAAUCAAACAAACAACUGGCUUCAAACUCACCAUCGUUACCACUCCUCUCAACGUCCAAUAUCUCACCUCCUACAUUGAUGAUCCAGAAAUCCGAUUGGUGGCGCUGCCGUUCAACGGCGCCGACCAUGGCUUACCGCCCGGCGCAGAGAACACAGAGGGCUUGCCCUUGCACCAAAUGAUCAAUAUCGUGCGAUCCACGGUAGCCCUCAAGGAACCUUUUCGCAACUUCAUCUCCGAUAUUUCCGCUAAAGAUGGAAAGCCUCCUCUCUGCAUAAUCUCCGACGUGUUCAUUGGAUGGGUGCGCGAAGUGGCCAGGUCUUGCGGGACGGUGAAUGUAGGGUUCUCAACUGCCGGAGCCUACGGCACCACGUGCUUUAUGUCCAUCUGGCGAGAUCUCCCGCAUCUCGCCGCCGGCGACGACGACGGCGAGUUUACCAUGCCGGCGUUUCCCGAUUCCUGUCGAUUUAACGUCUCUCGCCUCCACGCUUUCAUGAGAGCUGCAAAUGGCGAAGAUUCCUGGUCGAAGGUGUUUGGGUCUAUUGUAGCGGGUAGCUUAGAGAGUACUGGAUGGUUAUGUAAUACAGUGAAGGAAAUUGAGCCUCUAGGCUCAGAUGCACUGGGGAAGUUUACUAAACUUCCGGUUUGGUGCAUCGGCCCUUUUCUCCCUCCGGCGAUGAUUAACAAGGGUUCGCGUAUCAUUGGGAGACGUUCGGGGAAAGAUCACGGAUUGUCCCCGGAGAAGUGCAUAGAAUGGCUAGACAUGCAUUCUGAAGGCUCUGUUCUCUACAUUUCGUUUGGUUCCCAAAACACUAUCAGUGCUUCACAGAUGAUGGCACUGGCUUUGGGUUUGGAAGAUAGUGGAAAGCCAUUCAUUUGGGUGAUCAGGCCACCUAUAGGAUUUGACAUAAAAGGGGAAUUCAAAUCAGAAUGGUUGCCAGAAGGGUUUACAGAGAGAAUGGCAGGGAAAAAGCAGGGACUUCUAAUCCAUUCUUGGGCACCUCAACUGGAGAUUCUUUGCCACAAAUCAACAGGAGCAUUCUUGAGCCACUGUGGAUGGAAUUCCACCAUUGAAAGUUUGAGCCAAGGAGUGCCCAUCAUUGGGUGGCCAAUGGCGGGCGAGCAGGCCUUUAAUUCAAAGAUGAUGAUGGAGGAAAUGGGGGUGUGCAUAGAGCUAACAAAGGGGGUUCAAAGCACCAUCCUGAGAAGUGAUGUGAAGAGGGUUAUAGAUGUUGUGUUGGAUAGCAAAAAAGGAAUGGAAAUGAAGGAAAAGGCAGUUGGGAUUGGGGAGUUGAUUAGAGCAGCCGUGAGAGAAGAUGAAACCAGCAAAGGGUCUUCCCUACAAGCAAUGGAUCAUUUCAUAUCUACGCUGCGUGCUCUCCAAAAGAGUUGAAGCCUGACCUGUAGAUAUGGCUGAAAUUUAAUUUAAGAUAUGGAUAAAAAGAUCCAAUUGAAAUAAACUUUGUAUCAUUCUUCUCUUUUGGAUCCUAUUUUCCGCAAUACAAUAUACCACUCUUUCUUUGAA